AUGCUUGUGACCAUCAACGUUCCCGAUGGCGAGGAUCCCGCCAGAGGGACUGAAGGAGUACCUGCGAACGCGUCCAGGAAUGAGAAAAUCGAGUACGAGAAUGUGGUCAGCCGCCACCGGCGCUACACCGUGGAGUUCGAGCGCACCCUGGCCAUCUGUGUGGAGCAGUUCAACAACGUGCUGAACCGCUUCAAUCGCAAGAAUUGUGUGUUGCGCUGUUCCAACAGCGCCUAUAACCUAUCGCUGACUGUGGAUCGCCUGGAGUCGCUUCGCAGGGAGUAUGUGGCCUGCAGUUCGUGUAACAUGGUCUUGCACUGCCGUGUGACCAGGGAAGAAGCGGCCUCCGAAUCGGCAGAAGGAGCGGAGGGCCAAGGUGACGCCCGGGAUGUGGCAGAGAAGGCGCGCAGGAAGGAGCUCCGCAGCUUCCUGCACCCGGACACCCAUCCCGAUGGCUCGGUGCAUGACAUCUUCGUGUACCCGACGAACAAUAUCAUCCGGCGGUUCCGGGAACGCCGUACGUUGACCACGUUGGUUCGCUCGGACGCGAACAUUUCGGAAAUGGACAGCACGAACUCCUUGUCGGACUACAUCGUGUACAUGGUAAGGGGUCGCAUAGAGGAGCAGCCCUUCUUCGGGAGCGUUUUGGAAACUCUUUACGAGGUGGCGUCCUUCCUGCGCUACAACUUGUACCCUCUGUUGCGGAUCUUCAAGAUUUCCAUCCUGAUCACCGUUGUGCAGUGGCUGCUGUUCAUAAUUCGGCUGGUGUACUGUCGCCGCUACCCGGAGGGCAUAUACGACGAGGGCGCGGAGCUGUUCGGCGCCUUCAGCGGAUCCCUGCUGAAGAAGGACCUGGCUGUGCAUCGCCUGCUCAGCUCUACGUUCCUGCACAAUUCCGGCGGCCAUCUGAUCAUCAGCACGAUCAUGCACUUCCGCUUCAGUUCCGUGUUCGAGAGCAUCCACGGCGCGACAACGACUCUCUCCGUCUACUUCCUGUCGUCGGCGUACGGCAUGCUCAGCACGUGCUGGUCCAACCUGGACAUCCUACAGGCUAACGGAUUCGCGGGUGACUGGGGAAUGGCCGGUGCCCUACUGAGUCGCUACUGUGUGUUUCCGUAUCUGCUGGAUCGCGAACACCAGCACAUCAUUAACGUGUUCGUGAGUCUGAUCUGCCUACUGUUCGCGAAAACGAUCGGAGCCUCUAGCCGGAUACUGGUUGUGACCCAUCUUCUGUCCGCCUUGGCGGGUUUCUGCCUGGGGACAAUGAUAAACGGUCGACUCCGCAUUGGCCGUUGCUGCGGACUCUCCAGUCUACUGGUGGAUUUUUUUUGCUCGUUCACGCUUCUUUUGUUGCCGAUCGGGUCGACCUUCGCCCUGUUUCUGAUCCCGACCGAGUGA